UUGCGUUGUUUUGGUUUCUAGGUUAGGUUAUUUUACCAAAGAGCAAAGUAAUUAUUGUUUGUUACUUUUGGUCGAACGAACAAGAUUUUAUUAUUUUUGAAUAUAUUUUUAUUAAUUGCUUAGUAUUAAAUCUAAAUAAAAUGCCAUUAUUCAGAAUGGUGCCGUUAACUAAUCAAAUAUUUCAGUGCAGUCGCCUCCGACAUAAUAUUUUAGAAGCAAACAAAUGCAGGAUUUUACUGCAACAAUCGAAACACACAAAAGCGUUGAAAACUGAAAAAGAAAAGUUCCGCAUGUAUGUUGUUGGAAAAUAUAUUGACUAUGUCAAAAACUACACAAAUGCCCUCGAGCGCAGGUUCCCGACUGCUGUUAAAAUGUACAGAGUAUUCAGUGUCGGUAUCAAAGAUUUCUUAAGAGAUCUCAAAACAUACAUAUCUUUGAGAAUAAAAAUUACCAGGGAUGGUGGAUUUUCUAACAUGAGCCGUCAAGAUAUAGAAUUAUAUGAAAAAAUGCCCUCUGAUAUGUGUAGAAUAGCCCCUGUACUCAUUUUAUCUGCUAUACCAUUUGGAAACUAUAUUAUAUUUCCAUUAGCAUUCUUGAAGCCGAAAAAACUCCUCUGUUCACACUUCUGGUCGAUUCAGCAACGUCUUGAGUUCACCACACAAGAUUUAACAGAACGCCUUAAGUAUAAUAAACCCGUAUUUCGGGCACUUCAAGCAAAAUUGGAUGUUGUACCAGAUGGUGAAACGAAAGAAUGUUGGCGGAGAGUAUUAGGCCUACUUGGGUCUGGCGUACAUCCAACACCCCUUGAUGUGCUUAAAUGCAAAAGCCUCUUUGUAGAAGGACCAUAUAAUUUAUCAAAUUUAACCUACUCACAUGCGGGUUAUUUAUUGAAAAUGUAUGGCAUGAACAAAUUUCUGUUAAAAAAGCACAACUUGAAGUAUAGAGCGUUUAUUCUUUUGGAGAUGGACAAAGCAAUUAUAAGGGAAGGUGGUGUCGAUGAAAUGAAAAUGGAAUCAUUGAGACAUGCUUGUUACAUUCGUGGCUUAAAUGGGAGUCACUUAACGAACCAGGACAUGAGGGAUUGGUUGCGGAAUUGGUUAUUAAUUUCUAGGAAUGUAGACAAGCAAUCCUAUUCAUUAUUAUUACACAGUCCUAUAUUUUUUGCGUAUAACCACCCUCAAAAUUGGGUAUUGAUUUAUUGAUCAACAUAUUUUAUUUCAGCACUUUGGUUGAUUAAACUAUUAAUAUAAGAUAUGAUGAACGAAAUAGGCCGCCCUCUAAUCAAUAGGUAUAUCGGACACAAACUAUCAUAUAGGUUAUUCGUAAAUGUCGAGGCGGCUUAAAAAAUUCCCGUCUUAUAUGAGCGCUCCCGGCUUACUACCCCCACCAUCUCAGUUUUAUCCAUUUCUUUUAAUUUAUAGCGAAAACUAAAAAAACAUCAUGCGAAAUUACUAUAAUUAUUACUACAAUACUUUUUACUUGGUUUUUAUUAGAUUUUACAUAAUUUUCUAUUAGGUAAUCACAAUUUACGACCAGGAUAACGGUGCCCACCUUUUUCUUUUUACUAUAUUGUGACUACGUCCAAUAGAAAACUAUAAUACUUUCUAAUAAAAUAAAUUAUGUAUUUGUAAUUAUGCAUAAUUUGUUUUCGCGCUAAACAAAAGAAAUUGACAAAAAUGUGUUGGUGUGUAGGUGGCGCUAGUCUGCUGGUCUGCGCAGACUUAAUGACACGAUGACAACAUUUGCUAAUAAAAGCUAAUGGAUACAAUUAGGGUCUUUUUAUAUUGACUGAGAUUAUGACAUAGUAAUAUGACAAAACAUUUAAGUGAGGCUACCUAAAAAUUAUUUACUUUAAUUUGAUUUUUGAUUUGGGUGAAGUUGAUUUAGUAAUGUAUUGAUAGAAAGAAGACAAACACAUAUUUAAGAUGGAAAUUUUUCAAACCGCUUUUUUUAAUAAGUACAUAUAAUUAUGUGUACUCAUUUACCGAAAAUGUGGGCUGUUAUUACUGGAGAAAGAAGUACAAUUUACCUUUUGAAAUACCUUGUAAACGCUGUGCUAAAUUAAAAUUGUGUGUGGUUUUUAUGUGGCAUAUUUAUCAAUAUUUUUGAUUAGAUCAUAUAAUAUUUGUUGUAUAAUGUAAGGGAUUCAUAACAAUCUGUGAUUUUGUGGCUUCUGAAGCAUAUCAUAAAUUUGUAUUGUAUUGUCUACAUUAUUUCUGAACUGAUGCUGUCUAUAGUUUUGAUUAGGACCAAAUAUUUGGUUAAUGUUUUUUAUAGUUUAUUUGGUGGUUAGCAAAGCUCAUCUCAGAUGGCGCCACCAAUACAAGCCUUCAGGUUUUCAUGCUUGUCGAUGGCAAAAUACGCAAUUUGUAUAAUAUUAAUUUCGAUAUUAAUUAUGAGACAAUCCGAAAAUUAACUCUUUUCCGAUUUAUCCAGACAAAGUAGAGUACAAGAUAUCAGUAUAAAAAAUAAUUCGAAAAAUACACAAAUUUAAUGUUAAUUCCCUACAAUUGGUGCCAUAAGUAUCAAUUGUGCAUGCCUCUAAGUUUGUGACAUUCAGUGGAUUGUAUUUGCUAAGAAAAAGUUAUCGUAAAAAGUAUACUAGAAACUAUUUACUUCGAUAUAUGUUACGGCCACAUCCCGAAUUGCGGCAGCACCUAGAUCUAGCCGGCUAAAUAUUGGUGUAGCCGCACUUUGAUAUUUAGCCUUUAACAUAUUUUUUGUUCACAUAACUUUCUGACAAAGCAAUUCGUAUCUUAUAAUAGUCUACCUUUACGUAGACUCUGACUAAUUGUGCAACUCGUCAAAUAUCACUAUUUAUGUGCAAUAAAUAUAUUUAUAUGCUAUGUAAUGUGUUCUAUUGUAAAACAUGUGAGCAGUUUUUUUUUUUAAUCUUUGACAUUAAUAUUAUGUAUAUUGUUACAGUAUUUUAGCUGAUUUUUAUGUUAUUGUGCUAGUUACUUAAUUUAUAAUAUGUAUUAAUAUUUGAUGCUCCUGCGAAUACCGCUUAUGUGAUUAAACUCGUUAUUUGUUUAAAA